GGAAUUACUGUAGUCAGAAGUUGUUAGCAAGGUAAUAAAAGUACGUGUGGUGGGCGUCUGUGCUUAAGGAUAACAUAGUGACAAGCGAAAAAUAUGACCAAGGGCAGACCUGAGAAGGGGGCCACCCAGAGGGACAGAAAGGACAGAAGUAGUAGGAGAGCAUGCAGAACGGGGGCGAGGUAAAAGGGUGAAACAUUGACCCGUCAAGAAGCUCAGGGUGUGGGUGCUGUGUUCGGGUCACUUCCUCUGGAUGGGUUUCCGUUUCCCUUUGCUCCCCACCCCAGAUCUGGGGCUUCCUGGCUCCCCGUUUGCCCCUGAGCACCAGUGGUCUUGGUAAUUAAUGGGUCACCUGCCAGUGUUUGAGAACUGUUAAUUUGCCCUUCGGAUUAAAUGCUCCCUAAAAGUGAGGACGAGGACUGCGUAUGGGGUCAUUUAGCAGAGUGUUAUAGGAAGGGGACUAGGGGUGUCCUGAGCAGUUCCAGGAGUUGGGAAAUUGCCCUGCAAGGUGUCAUGGAACAAGGAGAUGUCAAGGAACGCACCAAGUAUAUGAUCAUGGGAGAUGGCAGGCAGGGAGUUACGAAAUAAUUACUCUGAGAGCAGAAAGAAUAAAAUGUUUAAUUCUAAGGCAAGAGCGCUCGGGUACGUUUCUAAACUGUGGUGAAAGGUGGUGGAAAGGAGCGAAUGAAGAUCCAAGGAGAGGCAGUGCUUACAACCACUUGAGCAAGCUUGGGAAGCGGCUGGUGACACUACAGGAAAGAGGUUAAUCCCUGCCUGGGCGGGGACGGGACGGGUGGAGGUGAGAGAUGCCGAAGAGCGGUGUAUGCAGGACUGGACUAUGAGAAGGAAAACUAGGCUCUAACGAGGAAAAUGUUACCAUUAAAGUUCUAAUUUAUCAGUCGGUGUGACCCGUGGUAACAACAUUUUUUAAAUCUUCGGCUUCCUGAUCCACACGAUAGGGGGCAGUACUUCCAACUGCACGGAGUGUCCCUGUUCCACGAAAUAGGCGCCUUCCUGGCUUGCUUUUUGUUUUCCACCGCUGACACGUUACCCUGAUGGGGACAGAGCAGCCGGCAGAAGUCCCUGAUGUUGCCGGGAAAGUAAGGGGCAGGCGAAGCCCUGCCCUGGGGUCAGGGCAGGUUUAGGGGUGGCGGGCAGGGGGUGGGGUGAUUAAGGGACAAAUAAAGUGGGUUGGCGAGCUUCAGUCAAAACCGGGGCGGAGAGGGGCAGGACGGGUUUCUGGAGGAGUCAAUCUCUAUUCUGGGGAAGCGCCGGAGCCCCGCCUGCAGCCUCGCCCCGGCCUCCUCCAGGCCGGCAGGAGUGGCACCCACACAAGCUUCCUUCCCAAGGGCUCGGGCGCGCUGAUUCCCGCGGCGCUCAGCAGGUGCCGACCCGACGGGAGCCGGGCUCCGCUCGCCCGCCGCGGGGCCUCGGCUUUCCUGGAACCCGGAGCACCGGCCCCGCCCUCUCGGCUGCGCGGGCCCCGCCCGGCGGCGGCUACAUGGGGCGCGGGGCGCGGCCCACCCGGCUGCAUCCCAGGUAUAUGAAGAAUGCUUAUCUUUUCAUCUAUUAUUUAAUCCAGUUCUGUGGCCACUCUUGGAUAUUUACAAACAUGACAGUCAGAUUCUUUUCAUUUGGAAAAGAUUCAAUGAUAGAUACUUUUUAUACUAUUGGACUUGUCAUGCGACUUUGCCAAUCCAUUUCUCUCUUGGAGUUGCUGCACAUAUAUGUUGGCAUUGAAUCAAACCAUCUUUUCCCAAGGUUUUUGCAGCUCACAGAGAGAAUAAUCAUCCUUUUUGUGGUGAUCACUAGUCAAGACGAAAUCCAAGAAAAAUAUGUGGUGUGUGUUCUAUUCAUCUUUUGGAAUCUACUGGAUAUGGUCAGGUACACUCACAGCAUGCUGGCAGUCACAGGGACAUCGUAUUCGGUCCUGACAUGGCUCAGUCAAACACUGUGGAUGCCCAUUUAUCCCCUGUGUGUUCUUGCUGAAGCAUUUGCCAUCUAUCAAUCGCUGCCUUAUUUUGAAUCAUUUGGCACUUACUCGACCAAGCUGCCCUUGGACUUAGCCAUCUACUUGCCCUAUGUGCUGAAGCUGUAUCUCCUGAUGCUCUUUAUAGGUAUGUACUUUACCUACAGUCAUCUUUACUCAGAAAGAAGAGACGUCCUCAGAGUCUUUUCCAUUAAAAAGAAAAUGUGAAGCACAGCAUUCCAAUGUGACAUGAGAAAAGAUGGGAUUCAGUGGUAGCAGAUACAAAACAGGAAGGAUUCUGUUGGAAAAAUACUACUAGAGAAAAAGCCAUGACAUUAAAUAAUUACCUUCCAAAAAUCUAGGUGACAAUAGUAUUUUUUUCCCAAGACAUACACUCUGUACACCCUGCUUCAUCAAAGCUAUGGAUUUUAUACAAGUUACAUUUAUAUUGUGUGAAGUAUGAUUAUUUUCCUGUAAGGAUGAUGAAUAAGUUCAAUUAAAUUGAGAAACCAAACUUUA